UGAGGGCCAGGCACCUGUCUGCCAUGGCAUGUGGGUCAGCAGACCUCCAGGGUAUCCCCACAUCUCCACUCCCCUCUUCCAGACUGGGAGAUGACCUCUAUGUUGAUGAAACCUGGUACCGGGGCUGCGGCCAGACCAACAUUGCCUGCAGGAUGGUGAAUGGGAAGCUGUCGGAGGUAGGCAAGUGGCCGUGGCAGGUGAACAUUCUGUUCCUGGGCGUGUAUGUCUGCAGUGGCUCCCUCAUCCACCAGCGAUGGGCCCUCACGGCUGCGCACUGCUUCCACAGAUCCAAGGACCCCGACCAGUAUUCCUUGAAAGUGGGGAUUCAACACCUCUCAGAAAAUGGCACUCAGGUCCUGAUCACUGACAUCAUGAUCCAUGAGAACUUCAGCAACCUCAUGUCUGAGGACAUCGCCCUCCUGAAGCUCAAGGACUCCAUCCUCUGGUCCCCUCUCAUCCAGCCCAUCUGCCUGCCCAGCCCCAAGUAUAAACCAGUUGUGGGAGCCUUGUGCUGGGUCGUCGGGUGGAAAUAUGGCCAUCCUGGAGGUGAGUGAAGCCUUCAGGAGAUAGCCGUCAAGAUCGUCAGCAACGACAUCUGCAGACACCGGUACCAGUACCUCUUCUUGAAGAACCAAAAGCAGUUUGCUGGGCGGGACAUAUUAUGUGCCAGAGCAGAAUGGGGCGUGGACUCCUGCCAGAUGAACUCCGGCAGCUCCCUCGUCUGCCUGGUGAAUAAGACCUGGAUCCAGAUGGGGGUGGUGAGCUGGACCUUCAGCUGCAACCAGCACCGCUUCCCGGGCGUCUAUACCAGCACCUCCUUCUUCACCAACUGGGUCAAGAAGCAGAUUGGCGACAUGCGGUUCAUCAAGGCUGGCGCUGCCUUCCUGAGCCCGCUCUUUCUCACCGGCUACAUUCUCCUGGUCUCCCUGGGCUCUCUGUGGCUCUUGUAAGAUCCCCUCCUCCCUCCUGUCCGCUUCGGGGACAACAGCGGGAAUGUCAGGGCGGGUGUCCCGGAGGGAGGGGCUCAAAGCCACAGUGUUUUCAGCUGCUCAAUAAAGAUGCCUCCAACGCUA